AUGUCUAAAAUAAGAUAUCCCGAAGACACCAGCUCCAGCCCCUCGAUGGAUACGCCAAGCGAGACCACUAUCCAAGACACUUGGGAUGGCCGCAACUAUUCCGUGCCCUGGCCCGGCGGCGUCUAUCGAAUCUUCGAAAAGGGCACCGACAACGUAAUCGCCCUCAAAUCCCGAAGUCUCUGCUUGCGCGACGUAGCAGAAAGCCACAACGGGUAUGAUCUCUGGCUUUGCGUCGAAGCACACGGCUACUUUGGAUUCUUCAACCCCAAGUCGGGCACAUAUCUAGGCCACAACGGUAAACGAGACGAGAUAUAUGCAUCUGCCGUGAAAUUCAAGGCCUGGGAAUGUUUCACGCCGAGAAGCCAUCCUGAUGGCGGAUACCAGCUGCUGACGCCAUACUAUGAGAGCACGUUGAAGGUGGUGUCUGUUGCUGAUGACGGCCGUAGCCUCGUUAGAAGGCCUCAUGGGACGACCUUGUGGGAAUUUGAGAAAGUGUCAAAUCACUGA